CCCUUUUACCCAAUGGUACCCCUAACACCAACACAAUUCAGUUUUAGAGUCCGCUUGAGAAGGGGGCAAAUGGGGAAAAUAAUUGGUGGAAAUGAUUUGUAAAAAUAAUCUUCCCCAUCAUCUCAUCUUCCCAAACUCCGUGUUAGGUUUUGCCAAGAAGACCGCAAUUAGGAAAACCUAACGUUGACUCGAUCGUCAAUGGCGGGCUGGUCCGAUCGAGGCAUAGAUCUACAUGAUCUCCCAUCUAUCAAUCUGUAGAUAUCUCUGGCUAUAGGUCUAUUGCAGCAUAUGGGUUUACGACUACUGCAAUUCAUUUUCGUGGCUGCAGGAUGCAUCGUGUUGAGCCUCAUCUUCGUCUCCAUCCGCGUCCUACUCGGUACAGUCUCCAGGAAGCGAACUCGCCGGCGCCUCUCCUCCAUCGCCGUCCCAGAGAGCGUCACGUUUGAUCCGACGGACAUCAGCCGGAUCGACAUGUGCGAGCUGGUCCACGCGACCAGAGAUUUCUCCCCGGAUCUCGUCAUCGGAGACGGCGGCUUCGGCCUCGUCUACAAGGCCGAGCUCUCCUCCGGCCUCCACGUCGCCGUCAAGAGGCUCUCCGCCGACGCCUUCCAGGGAUUCCGCGAGUUCCGGGCCGAGAUGGAGACCCUCGGGAAGAUCCGGCACCCAAAUAUAGUCAAAAUGAUCGGGUACUGCUCCGCCGGUCCGGAUCGGGUCCUGAUCUACGAGCUGGCGAUGAACGGCAGCCUGGACCAGUGGCUCCACCCCACGGCGUCCGAAUCGGAGCCUCUGACCUGGGAGACGAGGGCUAAAAUCGUCAAAGGAGUGGCCAGAGGGCUGGCCUACAUGCACGGCCUCGAAACUCCGAUCAUCCACCGGGACAUCAAAGCCAGCAAUGUCCUGCUGGACGAAGACUUCGAAUCCAAAAUCGCGGAUUUCGGACUGGCGAGGCGAAUGGAAGGUUCCAGAAUGCACGUGUCCACGCAGGUGGCGGGAACGAUGGGGUACAUGCCGCCGGAGUACAUCCACGGCGCGGCAAUGGCGACGAAGAUGGGGGACGUGUACAGCUUCGGGGUGUUGAUGCUGGAAACCGUCACCGGAAGACGGCCGAACUUCCCAUUCGCCGGGGAAGACGGGCGGGAGACGAGGUUGGUGGAAUGGGCCGGGGCCAUGAUCGCGCAGAACCGGCACCGUGACAUUAUUGAUCCAAGCUUGGCUUCAUCUGUAUAUAAUAAUCCGACGGAAAAUGAAAUGAGACGCUACUUGGGGAUUGCAACGAUGUGUAGCAGUGAGACAUGGAAGGCUAGACCUACCAUGAACGAUGUUACUCUUAUGUUGGACAACCAAUGCUCAUCUUGUUGAAAUGGGAAAAAAAAAUUGUUGGCAAAUUUGACUCUUUUUUCUUCCUUUCAACCACGCUAGAAAGUUUAGGAUUGUAUUAUUAUUAAUUAAUAAUAAUAAUUAAUAAUAAUAAUUAAUAAUUUAUUAUCAUCGUACUUACUAAUAAUAGUAAUAGUAACUA